GAGCCUGCCUCCCCCCUACCCAGGUCACCAAAGCGUCACCCCUCCUCCCGACAAACAGGCUUCUAACACCGCUGUCUUGAACACUGAAGUGUUUUUCCUCUGCUCCGCCAUGUUCCUCCUGUAUAUCCUCCUAUGGGUACCGCUGACCAUCAUGGACUGGGCGUUCCUAAAAGACUGGCGAGAUCUCGACUAUAGGGUGACCAUAGCUUUCAUCUUUCUUUUCUUCGGUCGAUCGUUGUUUAAUCCUAUCCUGUGUUUUGUGAUCAGUUCUAAUAUCCGUAAGGAGUUUGUUAAUCUGUUUGUGCGAUGCAAAUGUGUUAACGGGUAUUCUAAUGAUCAGAACGUUGAAUUGUAGAAACUGCACGGCGACAUUUGAACAACGUGAAGCUCUGCGUAUUUGCUUCCUAUAUACAGCUAUUUCAAAAACCUUGUCGUGGAGAUUGAAGAAUGCCGCAUUGCCGGGCAAUUGUCGUCGAGAUUGUAUGACCGAAAGGGAUUAUGUUUACGUUGUUUGGCAUGAUGCCAACAUUUAAUGGUUUGGUUUAGCUUGCGUAAAAAUGGAGACUAGUAGAGACAAUUUCGUACUCCCCGACAACGUUUUUUGAAAUAAGUGUAUUCCAAGUGAUCGAAUAUAGACGCUGAGACCGCAAGGGUACCUGGGAAAUCUUAAUUCAUCGUCUAAUUGCCGCACUUCCCUCGUCUAUCUGUAGUCUUAGCUUCUAUGUUCAUCGUCUAAUUGCCGCACUUCCCUCGUCUAUCUGUAGUCUUAGCUUCUAUGUUCGAUAGGCGUCAACGCCAAUUCAGUUCAGCCUUUUUUGAGUUUGUUUUAAGCUUGCUGGUCAASUGUUUCAUGAUUGGAUAGCUCGAAGAAUAACAGACCAAUCAAAUGUGAGUAUAUAUGAGCGUAAGUACAAAAGAAUCUAAACAGCGCAAAGCAUUCUGGUCAGGUUGUAGUAUAUGUGUUAUCGUCUAGAAAAGAGAUGAAAAACCGUACAUUGCUAGUCAAAUCAACAUUAUAGUAUACUAAAUCGCAAAAAAAAMCUUGUUUAGUUCCCAUAGUGAUUGAUGUGGUACUUCUCACUUUGUAUGUAAUAGGGAUUUGUAAAUUUUUGUAUAUAUCAUAUAAUGAACUCUUACGAAAUGCGAUAACGUAAUACAAAAUUUUCUCGAUUUCUGAUUGGUCGAGAGCCGGUGUAAAUGAAAGUACAUACCACGCAGUCAAGCUAUAAGCUUUCAAUGGUUUUUCUUUUUUUUCACUUUUUCUUUUCUUCUUUUUUACUUUGUAAAUUUAUGCAAAUAAUAUGAAAGCGAGAAAAUUACUAAUCAUAACAAAAAAAACAAAAAACAAAAAACAAAAAAAAAAACCAACAGAUUUAUGAUUUAAAACCACUAUUUGUACAAACAGAGGCAUUUGACAAAAUGGCCGCCACUCAUUGACACUUUUUUUAUUUCAACCAAAUCGACAAAA